CGGGCUCCGGCGGUCCCCGCCCGCCCGCGCCGCCGCUCUUUGCAGACGCUGCCGGGCCCCGCUCCGCUCCAGGCCGCAGCUGCGCGGCCUUCCCGGCGAUGGGGACGCCCAAGCCUCCCAACUUCUCGUGGGUGGUGGAGGGGCGGCUGGCUGGGCUGGCUAUGCCACGGGAGCCGGGGCACUACCGGUUCCUCCUGGCCCAGGGCGUGCGGCACCUGGUGUCACUGUCGGAGCGGCCACCCCCACACCAUGGCUGCUGCCCUGCUGUCCAGCUCCACCGGCUCCGUGUGCCUGACUUCACUCCCCCAACGCCUGGGCAAAUCCAGACCUUCCUGAAGCUGGUGGAGGAGGCCAAUGCCCGUGGGGAGGCCGUGGCAGUUCACUGCAUGCUGGGCCACGGCCGGACCGGCACCAUGCUGGCCUGCUACCUGGUGAAGGCAGAGAACAUGAGCGGGGGCGACGCCAUCCGGGAGAUCCGGCGGCUGCGGCCUGGGUCCAUCGAGACACAAGAGCAGGAGGAUGCGGUGAUCCAGUUCUGCCAACGCCUUCGAGCUGGAGAGGACAGCAAGGAGGUGUGAGCAUGGUGCCAGAUCAGUUCGAUGCAGACAGUUGAUCCAAAAUGGUUGGGGGGGGCCUUUCCCAGCCCCAAGGUGCUUCUGUCUGCCCUCUGCAUUAAAAGACUCUCCUGUGG